AUGCAGUAUUCUCCUGUGGCAGUGAAUCCCUCCAUGGAUAAGGGACCUGGGAUUCCCCAGAGCCCUGGGGAAGGCACAAAGGCUGCAGCCUGCUCAGACAGUGGAGCCAGCAGGGCCCGGAGCACGGAGUGCUUCCAGAGCCAAUAUCUGACCAAAACCAGCACCCAGGGACAGGUUUACAGCUUCCUGGAGAGGCCUAGUGGGUGGAAGUGUUUCCCCUAUCAUUUUGAUGUAUUUCUCCUGGUGCUGAUUUGUUUAAUAUUCAGUGUAUUGUCUACUAUAGAGAACUAUUCUGAGUUUGCCAUUGGAACCCUUUUCUGGAUGGAAAUAGUUCUGGUGGUGUUUUUUGGUGCUGAGUACCUCAUCCAGUUGUGGUCUGCAGGCUGUAGGAGUAAAUAUAUUGGUUUCCUGGGGAGGAUAUGGUUUGCCAGGAAGCCAAUAUCCAUCAUUGAUCUGAUUGUGGUAGUAGCCUCAAUUAUUGUUCUGAGUACAGGAUCUAAUGGGCAGUUGUUCGCCACUUCUGCAAUAAGGUAGGGGAUUCGCUUUCUCCAGAUCCUUCGGAUGCUUCACGUUGACCGCCAGGGAGGCACCUGGAGACUCCUGGGGUCAGUGGUUUUCAUCCAUCGACAGGAACUCAUAACCACGCUGUACAUUGGAUUCUUGGGAUUAAUUUUUUCAUCCUACUUUGUUUAUCUUGCUGAGAAGGAUGCAGUUGAUGAGGAUGGAAAGACAGGUUUCUCCAGCUAUGCUGAUGCCCUUUGGUGAGGUGUGGUAACAGUCACAACAAUUGGCUAUGGAGACAAAGUUCCCCAGACGUGGAUUGGGAAGACAAUAGCUUCCUGCUUCUCAGUGUCCAUCUCCUUCUUUGCCCUGCCAGCUGGUAUUCUGGGGUCUGGUUUUGCCCUAAAAGUACAGCAGAAGCAACGUCAGAAGCAUUUCAAUAGACAAAUCCCAGCUGCAGCUUCCCUAAUUCAGACCCUGUGGUGCUGCUACGCAGCAGAGAAACCCUGCACCUCCACAGGCACCUGGAAGAUCUGUGUGACAGCUCUCGUGCAAAAUCCCAAAAAGCCUCCAGCGCCAUCUAGUCCCCGUCUGAGAAAACAGAUGACUUAUGAUCACAUUGUUGAACAAGAGGACAAAAUAGAUGUGUCCUGCUACAUUGAUGAACCCAAAGCUUCUCUUGCUGACCGUGUGGCAACAGAUUUUGCUGAAUGUAUUUUUGGAGUUGUGAUGCGAUGGAUGGAAGCAGCCAAGUGUUGA